AUGGCUGAAGUCGUUUUCGCUAGACAGUUCCUGGCGACCUUGGAGUCGCGCCCGGCUAAGCUGUCGGCCGACCAUGUCGAGGAUCCCAAGAACUUCCCUGCUCGCCCUCCCUACAUCCUGCCCAAGAUGCCCAAGCCCAUGAGCAAGCCUACGAACCUCGCGCCGGGCCAGGAGCGCAGCAUCAACGUCACCCUCAAGUCCCUGCGCAACCCUCCCCUGGACAUCAAGCUGUCAUCGCAGACGCUCAACACCUCGAUCCUCGACAUCAAGACGGCGGUCGAGACCAGGUCGCGGAUACCGGUGGACAAGAUGAAGUUGCUGUACAACAAGAAGCCGGUGGCGGACAGCAAGGUGUUGAAGGACCUGCUUACGGAUGACCAGUCUUCGCUGGAGUUCUCCGUCAUGGUCAUCGGAGGUGCUGCGGCCAUCAAGGCCGAGCCUUCCCCCGUUGGAGGUAGCGGCUCUGGACAGCAGGAAGACAUUGGAGAGGCUGCACUGGACACGCCGGAAUUCUGGGACGACCUGAAGGGCUUUUUGAUGCAGAGGCUCAAGCACGAGCAAAAGGCGGAGGAGCUGUCGGCUCUCUGGCGCUCGACCUGGCAGGCGCAGAAGAAGUCAUGA